CUGUCGUUAUGUAUGCUUAUUUUAUUAGUAGUCCUGGUUAAUGAGGUGUACGCGUCUCCGAGCCGGCGCAAGAUGGACACGAAGGGCGAGGGUGAGGAGAUGACCUACCCGCACAUUUGUUUCAUGGUCGAUAAUUUCGAUGAGGUGUUCUGCGACAUAGUUGUCCGCGAUGGGGAGAUGGUCUGUGUGGAGUUGGUGGCUAGAGGUCGUGGAGGCGCCGCGCAAGCCGUCAUCUUCCUCGGUUCCAUUCGCUAUGACGCGCUCACUAGAGUCUAUGACGCGAGGCAAUCAUCGUUGUCGACGAAGGUGGCGCAGCGUAUGUCGUUCGGCCUGCUAGGACGUGGAGCGGGCGCCGCGGCGCGCUGCGAGUUCGUGCGCAUGAAAGGGCCAGGGGGAAAGGGCCACGCUGAGGUGGCGGUGUCGCGGCCGCGCUCGUGCGGGGCGCACACGCCCAGCUCGGAGCCCGGACUCACGGCCGCCGAGCUGUGGGACAGCGACUGGGAGGAUGACGACCCCGACGAGCUGUUUCUCUAUCGGAACCAGCGUCGUCUCAGUGACCCGAGCGCGAACAUAACGACGUUUGUUCGCGGCGGGUGGCGCGCCCGCGAGCGCGACGAUAAGAGCCGCUCGGAGAACGAGGGACUCGACGCGCUCUCGCAUGGACUCGCGGAGGUCGAGGCGGGCGACCUGCGUGACGGGCGGCGGGCUUCCUCGGUGCGCUGGCGCGGCUGCUGCGCGGGCGGCGGGGCGGCCGUGCCCGGGGACAUGCGAGACGUGUACCGCCGCGCACCGCCUGACCUGUCGCCCGCUUGUCUGCACACCGUGUCCCCGCGCCGCCGUCCCGCCCGCAUCACGCCGCAGCCGCCCCCGCUGCGGCCCCUGCGCCUCUCGCGCCCCCGCCGCGCUCCGUCCGCGCCCGCCGCGCCCUCCGCGCCCGCCGUGCCCUCCGCCCCGCCCGGCGACACCGAGUGCGAGCUCGCCUGUGACGCGUGCUGCCUCGACGGGCGCUCCUCGCCCGCGACGCCGCGCGCGCUGAACGAACGCCUGGCCGCCGUCACGGUGCGCGGCGAGGAGGAGCUGCCGUGCGAGCCGACGGGCGGGGCGAGGGGCGCGGGCGAGGCGGGGGGCGCGAGCGCGGCGUGGAGCGCGGGCGCGCGCGCUUACGUGACGCUGCCGCGGCGGCGCGGGGUGGCGGCCGUGCUGUUCCGCAACGCGCCGCUGCCGCCGCGCCGCACGACGCCCGACGGCACCGACAUUUACUACUGGUGCGACGUGCCGCGCCGCAAGCAUUCCGAGCUCGACGAUGGCGCAUACAAUCCGCUGUGGGCGAUGCGCGGGUUCACGCAGACGUUCCAUCUGUGGAAGGAAGGCCGUCGCGCUCAGUCGGCGCCGCUCAAUGCGUUCCUCACCUACGUCACGCUGCCGUGGUGGAGCAUCGCUAAGGAUAUCCUUGACCAUCGUGAAGAGCCCAUCCUGACCUUCUGAGAGGAGACUCCUGGGGUUCCAAGCCCAGUCCACAUCACGUGCUAUAUUGUAUUUAUAUACUUUACAGUCACCGCCGUCUGCGAGGACGUUCUCGUACUAGUCAUCCAAGAAAUAAGUCAAAUAAUAUAUUAAACUAGAUAACUUAACAAAGUGCAUUAACUUAGAGCCAAAUUUUAUCCUUUUAAAGACAUUUUAGUUAAAGUAUAACAAAAAGUACUAGUCAUCCAUAUGUAACAAGGGCCAACCGUAUUAUUCGAGAAACUACCUAAAAUAAGUUCUAAAAAGUAAUGUUAAGGAUAUACCGUAUAUGUGAAUACAAUUAGACAUGACUACCGACGCUGCCGCGCGGUCUGUCCGUCGAGAGCACGCGAGCACGCAGCACGUACAACCGGUGCACGUAGCACGCUUGCACGUAACAUGCGAGUAAGUAUCACGCAAUAACGUAGACCGUGAACACGUAGCACUCAAGCAAGUAACACGUGAGCACGUAGCACUCAAGCAAGUAACACGUGAGCACGUAGCAGUCAAAUACGUAAAACGCGCAAUGAAUAUCGCAAUAACCUCUCGUUUUAAACUCCUAUCUCGCUUGAACUAACUCGAUUAGAUAUAGUACGAUUGAGCUCUUGUAUUACAUAUUGGAAAUCUGGGAUACUUUUGUUACACGUCGUUAAGUCAUAACAAGUCUGUGAACUUUUCGUCCGUUUUCGAUGAAGAAUUGUCCUUUAUAACUUUUUUACCAAAAAACAUAGAAGAUAUUAGUCUCUUGUUGAUAUCUUUUGAUUUUAAAAACGAACUUCAUAUGACGCUUAGGAAGUAUUCAUACAUUCCUCUGUAUCAAACAGUGAUGGCCAUAUAAUAAUAAAUUGAUUAAGAACGAUUGUUGCUUCAGAUUUUUUUUGAAGUCCUAUGAAAAUAUAAGUUUCAUCUCAACAGUUACAAGUUCACGAUUUUUUAUUACUUAGUACAAUAGGCUUCUCGAUAGAUAUAUAGUUUUCUACGAGAUGUUUUUGUUUAGACACGCACUGCUUAUUGGGUAUCGUUAGAUACACACUAACAGCAUGGAUCACCAUCGUUUCGGAGCUUCGUAGAUUUAGCUAGCUUCUAGCUUAUAUUAUAUAGCCAGAUUUUACACGAAUAAUUUGCGCCAAUAUCUAAAAAAGUAUUAUUUAUUUAAAUGAUCACACAAAAACUGCUUUUAAAUUAUUUAUCUGUAGGUUACGAUAAUAGACGAUUGGAAUAUGAAAAAUAAAAAAGAAAAAAAAUCAUACACUAAGCUUUUAAUCUUGUUUAUAAAAAUUGUCUUUCAAUAACCGUUCUAAAUUAUAUGGCCGUCACUGUAGUAUUUUACUAUGAUCGUCUCUAUAACCUAAAAUACAAAUACUAGUCUUCCCUAAGUCACAAAUGUUUUAAUAAUAUAUAUUAAUUGAAUAAGUGUGCGUUUUUAGUUUUAUUUUUGUAUCAAUUGUAAUCGGUAACGACGAAUGUAGAAAUCAACGCGAUUAUAUAUAAUAAGUGAUGUUACGGUAUAAUGUUUAUAACAGUUUGUCUCAAUAGAAUUUGUACAAAAUGUAAUAUAGUCGAAAAUAUUUUCUAUUUAAAAUGUAAACAUGUGAAAUAGAUUUGUCCGUAUGUUAUUUUCAUAGUUAUACACGCCUUAUAGAGGAUAUUUUGGCGAGGUGCUUUUGUUUUUUUCCAAGGUGCGUUUCCAUUGAAUAGUUGCCAAUUUCUGUGUUUGCAACUGUUUGCCAUCCUUCGCAAAGUUUACCUGUGUAUUUGGUUUCUAUUUUAUUUACACUGAAAAGUCUUAACUGAACGAAUGGAUGUUGCAACGCGUGCAUCCUCCGUUUUCCGUUUGUGUUCACCGCCUACACGGAAAUAGGAUUCUCGAUAUUUGUUGUAGAUUUAAAUAAUUAAAACUUGAGGUAAUUACAGACACGUCGUAAACACAAAAUUGAAAAAAACUCUCCUUUUAUGGACACUCAGCAUCAACAAUGAAUCUGCAUUUAAAUCUGACAGGAAUUUGUAAUCAAGUUUGUUUUUUUUUUGCGCAUUUUAAUAAUCCCUUUAUACAUGUUCUAUUAAGAUAGACUAUUUUUAAGUCCUAAUUGAAUUUCUUUACUUAAUUUAGAAUAGGUAUAACCUAUUACUGUGUAACACUGAAUGAUUAGAAAUCUGAGUUAAUGACCGGUAAUGGUUAAGGUGAUGUAUUUCAUUAUUUUAAGUAUUUAACUUAAUUACUAUUUAAUUAUUCAAUUAGCCUAUUUUGUUGCAUUUAAAAUUUUAUGUAACAUUAUCAAUAGGUUUUGUGAAUGUAACUGUCUAUUUUCUAAUCCAUGUUUCGUCUCUUUCUUGCUUAUAUUGAUUGUAUUUAUGUGAAAAAGACAUGUAUUUUUAAAGCAGUGACAAUCGCCAUUAUUAAGACAAAUACAUGCCAUAUUGUUUAGUGUUUAUUGAUCUCAUUUGUAGUGAAAAAAACCCUAAUCCCUCAUUAAUAUUUUGUAAUUUGUGAAAUUGGUAAAACUGUUUGUUUCGUUACCAACGUCACGUGGAAUGUGAGUAAAUUUUUUAGAUUAAAUUUGAGUGUAAAAUUUAUGUAAACAACGUAUGUACCGUAACGUUUCAGUAAAACUGAUACAGAAAGGUUUUGCUUCUGUCAGUUUUCGCGCGCUUUAUUAUUUUUCUAAAUGAAUGAGACUAUAGUUUCAUAACACUUGGCCUAGUAGAUAAUUAAAAAAAAAACGGUACAACUUGUGAUGAUGUCUCAAUUCACGAUUGUACAACUCGGAAUAUUUUAUAAUUUUACGUUUAGCCUUAUUUACAGAAUGAACAAUUAAUAUAUUUUAAUAAUUGCAGCUACUUCCUCCAGUAGAUCUUAUAAGAAAUAAGACGAGAGUUACUUAAUAAUUGUAAAUGAAAUAUAUUAUGUAUCUGUUCACUCACGAAUACGUACUUCCGCUUUAAAUUAUCAACGUGCAUUUGUGUGACACUCGAGUUUACCAGAUGUCUUUGUGUGUGUUUAGUCUUACAAACACAUAAGACUAGACAAAAAAUACAAAUUAGAUUAUAUGUGUAAUAAUUAUAAGUUAAUUUUACUGAGAGGGUUGCGACUUCGUGAGCGAAUAAAUCUAUAAUAAGAAAUAAGUUUUUUAAUUUAAUUCAAAACACAAUAUUUGAAAUAAAUGGCCUUAUAAAUAAUAUCUAUAUAUUUAACUGUAACCAAGUACGUUUCGCAAGAUAGAAUUAUAUAUCACAAGGACCUGUUAUUUUAUUUAAAAUAUAAUUUGCUAAGUUUAUUUGAGUGGUACAUAUAAUUAGCUGUGGAAGUUAAAAACAAAAGCUUUUCCUAAAUUUUUAUUUCUACAUUCCACUGAGUUUUCUCAUAAUAUUAUAUAUUUUUUAUUGUGUGUCAUAGCCUAAGAAAGUUUUCUGUAUUCGUGUGAUGUUCGUGUGGGUACUGUAAUCCAGUCAGUGAUCUGUGAAUUUGUUUUAAAGACAUUUUUUAUGAUUUGAUCAAUAAAAUUGU